CGGCCUUUCCGCAAGUCCAACUAUAUUAUAAGGAAGCUUUCUACGUACGUACUCUAAAAUUUUUUUUUCCUCAUCAUGGCGUUCCAAAACGGCCGGGUAAUGUUCGAGGAUUUCUUUCCGACGAUGAUCGAAAAGUUGGGAGCGGAAGGGUUCGUGAAGGAGCUGUGUAAUGGCUUUCGUUUGUUAAUGGAUGAAGACAAGGGAGUGAUCACGUUUGAGAGCUUGAAAAGGAGCUCGGAUUUGCUUGGUUUGCAAGGCUUGAGCGAUGAAGAAGUAACGUGCAUGCUUAAGGAAGGUGAUUUGGAUGGAGAUGGAAACUUGAAUGAGAUGGAGUUUUGUACUCUCAUGUUUAGGUUAAGCCCUGCCUUAAUGCAAAGCUCCAACGAGUUGUUGAAGGAAGCUUUGAAUAAGAAUGGUGAUGUUUAAUCA